UUUAAUCCAAGGACUCAUUUUCAAUAUGGGGACAUUUAUUAAAAUAUUCCUGACUCUAUGCACUCUGCAUCUGUGCAUCAAUUUGAGCCAAUUUGUGAAUGCAUCCAGGAGGCCAUGGACAGCUGCUGCUAAAAAUUGGGCUGGAAUAAGGAGAGGCAGAGCUGUCGGCAAACCGACACCCAUCGAGUGUCAGCUGGGGAGGUGGUCAUCUUGGACUCCUUGUAACGCCUGCACAGACAAAAAGAUCCGUUCCCGAAAUUUGGAAAGGCCCUCACAGUUUGGUGGCACAGAGUGCUAUGAGACGUUGUGGGAGAACCUGGCAUGUCCAAAUGCAACAACACAGUGUCUGGUGCCAGAUUACUGUGGAGACAGCUUCACCUGCACUGAAACAGGGCGCUGCAUCAGCCAGUCCCUUCGCUGUAAUGGAGAGAGAGACUGUGAUGAUUUUUCUGAUGAAGACGACUGUGUAAACUUCAACCAGAGAGAUGACAAGUGUUCGACCAUACUGCCGAUCCCCGGUGCUGAUCGUGGCACUCAGGGCUACAACGUCUUGACUGGGGACUUUGUGGAUCUUGUGCUUGACCCAAAGUACUUUGAUGGAAAGUGUGAAUAUGUCUAUAAUGGUGAAUGGAGAAAAUACGUCUAUGACGCAUUCUGUGAGAACCUUCACUACAACGAAGACGAGAAGUACUACAGGAAACCUUACAACUACCAUACCUACCGCUUUGUGGCUCAAGCUAGAUCAGAGGGCUCUCAGGAGUACUAUGAGGACAUGGUGAGCCUGCUGAAGGCCAGACAAACGACGAAAUCCUCCCACGGAGGAGCCACAGUCGGGGUCUAUUAUGUGGAAGUGGGACUCAGUGGAAGUGAUGAGUCUAAAUUUCUCACCAACAUAACAAAGUAUACCAGCGAGAACCAAGGGUUCGUCAGGCUUUGGUCCAAAGUGGAAACAGCCCACUUUAAAAUGAGAAGUAAUAAAUUGAUGCUUCAUGAAGACUUCUACGUUUCACUCAUGGAGCUUCCGGAGGAGUAUGACUUUGGGAUGUACGCACGCUUCUUCAGCAGAUUUGGCACCCACUAUGUCACUGAGGGAACUAUGGGAGGAACAGUUGAAUAUGUUCUGGUUCUCAACAAAAUAGCCAUGAGAAAAUCAAAAUUGGAGGGUAGCGAGGCUGGUCGAUGCUUCGGGGCCUCUCUCGGUUUAAGCAUUCCUGUCACUGAGUCUAUAACAAUAGCCCCCAAAUUGAGUGGAAAAACCUGCAACAAAGGAGGAUCGUUUGCUGGAGAAUCGAGCGGUCAUGCAGAGGAGAUUGAGGACGUUGUUUCUCUAGUGAAGGGGGGGAUCCUAUACACCAGCAGUGGCCUUUUGGGUGACAAGAGCCCUGAAAUCUACAAGCAAUGGGGAGCGUCCCUCAAAUACAACCCAAUACUCAUCGAUUAUGAGACAAUGCCAAUUUAUGAGCUAGUGCGCCUCAGCACAGUCGCUGACCAUGUAGGUGCGAGAUUGGCCAACUUGGAGAGAGGCUGGAACGAGUAUCUGCAGCAGUUUGACUCCUGUCGCUGCGCCCCCUGCAAGCACAACGGGAUCCCUGCCCUCAGGGGGACUUCCUGUAGCUGCAUCUGUCCCUCAGGCUACCUGGGAGCAGCCUGUGAGGAGACUGAAAGAAGUGAUACCAAGACGGACGGGGCGUGGUCGUGCUGGGGGAGCUGGCAGUCCUGUGCUUCAGGGAGAAAGACUCGGACAAGAACCUGUAAUAAUCCUGCUCCUAGUGGGGGCGGAGCAGCCUGCCUGGGCUCCACCUCUCAGACUCAACGCUGUUAAAGUUGCUCAGAUUCCAGAGUGAAAAAACUGUUCAGUGUUUUUUUAAUGGAUUAAAAAUUGCACCUCCAGAAUUCUUUUAUUUGUCUGAGCUCUGAAAAAAAAAUUCCUUUCCUUAUUAAGACACACAAUAUGACAUAUUGUACAUCAAGGUAGCAAUAAAUGUGUGAUAUGACUUAA